GGCGCGCUCAGUCCCCGAGGUGCCGGCGUUUAUAGCCCGCCCGCUGUGGAAGCGGCUGCGGCCGAGCGGCGUGCAGCGUCGCGAUGUCGGGGCUGCCCACUAGCCUGGAGCAGCUGCGCCCAGAGCAGAGCACGCUGGAGGCGUCGCGCGCUCGCUUCGUGCUGGGGCUGGACGUGGGCAGCUCUAUGAUCCGCUGCCACGUCUAUGACCGGACGGCGCGGGUCUGCGGCUCCAGCGCGCAGAAGGUAAAAAACCUUUAUCCUCGAGUUGGCUGGGUUGAAAUUGAUCCUGACAUUCUCUGGACUCAAUUUGUUGCUGUAAUAAAAGAUGCUAUCAAAGCUGCAGGAGCACAGACGAACCAGAUUGUUGGUCUUGGUAUAUCCACACAGAGAGCGACUUUCAUUACGUGGAACAGGAAAACAGGAAAUCAUUUUCACAACUUUAUUAGUUGGCAAGACCUAAGAGCAAUUGAACUUGUAAAAUCCUGGAAUAAUUCUCUUAUAAUGAAGUUCCUGCACAGUUCCUGCCGAGUGCUGCACUUCUUCACUAGAAGUAAGCGACUCCUAGCAGCCAGUCGGUUCACCUUCACCACCCAGCAGGCUUCUUUGCGAUUGGCCUGGAUUUUACAGAACCUGACAGAGGUACAGAAGGCAGUUGAAGAAGAAAAUUGUUGCUUUGGGACUAUUGAUACCUGGUUGCUAUACAAGCUCACAAAAGGUUCUCAGUAUGCCACGGAUUUUUCAAAUGCCAGUACAACUGGACUUUUUGAUCCAUAUGAGAUGUGUUGGAGCAGGCUCAUUACCUCCAUGAUUUCCGUACCACUCUCUCUCCUGCCUCCCGUGAAGGACACCAGCCACAAUUUUGGAUCAGUGGAUGAAGAGAUAUUUGGUGUGCCUAUACCAAUAGUUGCCUUGGUCGGUGACCAGCAAUCAGCCAUGUUCGGAGAGUGCUGCUUCCAGACAGGAGAUGUAAAAUUAACCAUGGGAACUGGGACUUUUUUGGAUAUUAAUACUGGAAACGACCCUCAACAUACUGUUGGAGGCUUUUAUCCAUUGAUCGGGUGGAAAAUUGGACAAGAAGUUGUAUGCUUAGCUGAAGGCAAUGCAGGAGACACUGGAAGUGCCAUAAAAUGGGCUCAGCAAUUAGAUCUUUUCACAGAUGCUGCUGAGACUGAAAAAAUGGCCAAAAGUUUGGAAGAUUCUGAAGGAGUUUAUUUUGUUCCAUCUUUUAGUGGAUUACAGGCUCCAUUAAAUGACCCCUGUGCAUGUGCUUCUUUUAUGGGUUUGAAGCCUUCUACCAAUAAACACCAUCUUGUCCGAGCAAUACUGGAGUCAAUAGCUUUCAGAAACAAACAAUUAUAUGAGAUGAUGCAGAAAGAGAUCCAUAUUCCUGUUACAAACGUCCGGGCAGAUGGAGGAGUUUGUAAGAACGGUUUUGUCAUGCAGAUGACUUCAGACCUGAUUAAUGAGAAUAUAGACAGACCAGCCCACUUUGACAUGUCCUGUUUGGGUGCUGCUUCUCUUGCUGGCCUUGCUGUUGGGUUUUGGACUGACAAGGAGGAACUAAAGAAAUUGAGGCAAAGUGAAAUGGUUUUCAAGCCGCAGAAGAAAUGUCAAGAAUAUGAAAUGAAUAUGGAAAACUGGGUCAAAGCAGUGAAACGCUCCAUGAAUUGGUAUAACAAGACAUAACACUAAAUGAAACAGUCAAGACUGUAGCCGGCUGGUGGAUGCCACCUGCAGAUUACAGUGCUCAGGGAGGACUGGUACCACAGGGACCACAGAGAAGAUUCAAAAUGAGCUUCGCAACCUGGGAGAAAAAGUGUUGCUCUUAAAAAACCAAAACAAAACUAACUAAAAAACACUAACUUUUUUUUUAAUCUUGGUAAAAUUAUAAGGCGGCAGCAAUACCUCAAAACUUCGUCUUCAAUUUUCUAGCAAAUUCCACAGGACAUCAGCCAUUUCCAACUGGAUUUUGACAGUUAUGAGCCCUCCUCUUUUUUAAACUGGGUCAGUGGUACAUGGAACAUAAUUGUUUAGCAUCCGAGAGCUAAUAAUUCUAGGUGAAACACCGUUCACAUUUUGCUCCAAAUUAUCGGAAAAAUAUUUCUUUAAUUCUUUACAACUAAUCGGGCCAAACCAGGCAUAGUGGAGCAUACUUGUAAUCCUGUGUAUUUGGGAGGCUGAGGCAGAAGGAUCACAAGUUCAAGGCCAGCCUCAGCAAUUUAGAGAGACCCUAUCUCAAAAUGAAAAGGGCUGGGAUGUAGCUCAAUAGCAGAGCACCACUGGGUUCAAUCCCCAGUACCAACAAAAAGAAAGAAAGAGAAAAUUAAGUGGGAUAUUUGAAAUCCAUAAAGCCAAAAAGAAAGAGUAACUGAGAAAAUAUGGAAGUUUAAAAUAAUAAAAAUUCAAAUGUAAAGCCAUAAUUUUUCAAUGUCAUAUCCAAAUAUGAGCUCAAUGUGCCCUUCUCAGGAAAGCUUAUUAUUGAGUCAAUUUUUUCCUUUUUUGGGUGUAAAGAUACUGCCUUAAUUUUCCCUUGUCCAGCCAAAAUCUAAGCAUUCUUUACAUGUGGAAAAGCACUGGAAAACUAAUUUUAGUUAAUGGACUGAAAUAUAUAAUGAUUUUUAAGGAACAGAAAAAUAUCUUUUAGUUUCUUUCUCAAAUAACAUUUCUUUCAAAAAUUCUGGGUGAAGUAUAACAUUCUAUUUUUUUACAAAAUGCAGGCAGUUAAAAUACAUCUUGCCUUUCUUCUCCUGUUCUUUAUCUCUCUUAGUUAUUGAGAUGCUUACAUAAGUGUCUUUUGGUUUUAUUAAGUGCCUAAUUGAUAGAUUUUAAUUUUAAAAAGGUGCCCUAGUUUAUUGGCAAUUUAAGACUUGCCUUCAUGGCGGUAUUUCACUUGUUGGUGUCUCAUUCUAAUGUUUGUCCAGCCUACUCAUCUCUCUGAGCUACAUGCAGUGGCACGUAGAAUUGACAGGAGUGCAUUCACAGUCACAGUUGCCCUUCUGGCCACAGAGCUGGAGAUCCACAGAGAGGAGCCGACUUCAUUCAUUACUCCCACUGUCAGAUUUCAUUGCUAGAAUCAAUGUAAAGGAGAAACCCCAGGCUGAGUAUGAAAUUGUCGUAAGGCAACUGACCAGCCCCCAAACUGUUUUUAUGUUAUUUGUCCCUGCCUGCAUUUGGGGAUUUGAAUUUGCAAGAAUGAAUGAAUGAAUUUCCCUUUUUAUCAAGAUUUAUCACAUACAAGUCCUGCAUGGUAGAAUUGGCUAUUGUGUAAUAAUGAAAGUGGGGGAGGAACUGUUCGGGGAAUCUUUUUUUUUUUUUUUUUAAUUUUUUAUUGUGGGUUGUUCAAAACAUUACAAAUUUCUUGACAUAUCAUAUUCCAACUUUGAUUCAAGUGGGUUAUGAACUCCCACCUUCACCCCAUACACAGAUUGCAGAAUCACAUCAGUUACACAUCCAUUGAUUUACAAAUUGCCAUACUAGUGUCUGUUGUGCUCCGCUGCCUUUCAUUGAUGCCAUUUUUCUCCAUUUGAGAAUCCAGUUGAUAGACCAACAGUUAAAGUGCAUUUCUGCAGAUUCCAUUUCCAUGACCUUCAAGUAUCUCUUUCAAUGACUAAAUGUUACCUGAUGGAGGCAUUGUAGUAACUACAAGGUAUCAUUAGCUCCAUGAAGAUUUGGAUAUUUUUUUGUUAAACAAAGAUGGUUUGGGGCUGGGGUUGUGGCUCAGUGGUAGAGCGCUCGCCUAGCACAUGUGGGGUGCCAUGUUCAAUCCUCAGCCCCACAUAAAAAUAAAAUAAAGAUAUUGUGUCCAACUACAACUAAAAGAACAAAAACAAUAUUUUUAAAAAAGGAUGGUUUGGUUUACUGUAACAAGUCAUAGCUCUUUAUGUAGAUAAUAUCUUAUUAUUUUUGUUCUCUUUUUACAUCCUUUUUACAAAGUUUAGUGGCCAAUUAAAGGCUUCUCUACCAAAAUUACAUGAAAACUGCUCUUGUUGUGUUAAUAUUUCUUUUGGCUUCUGCUUCUUAGUGGGUGUGAUUUCAUGGAAAUGAUUCUGUCUUUUGGAUUAGAAUAUACUGCAUUGUAAUAUUAUUCCUAAAAAUUUGUUUCAUUUCUUCUGCACAUUAUUCUUUCUCAACAUUCAAUUACAAAACAAAGGAGAAAUACCUUUUAGAUAAUAUAGGAAAAUAAUUUUGACUAUCUCUUAUUAGAAUUGAACUACUCCUUGAAGAGCAGUUGCUAAUUUUUUUUCUUCUGAGAAUCUAGAAACUAAUCUUUUAUUUGUAGUGUUUCUGGCUGUUUUUAGUGACAUGAUUUAGUAAAUCUUUUGUCAUAUUUAACCAAAUUCAGUAAUAAGGUGAUAUUUGCUUUUGUGGUUAUAAAAACAAUUGAUAAUGAAAGUCAGUUGAGUGGGAAAAAAUCACUUUUUCCAUCUGUCAAGUUUACUUUCCAUUUUUAUGCUAAUAUUUGAAAAGAAUUAAAUGUGCUAAUGUUCCUCAGCAUGUUUUAUUUUCCCAUUAUGGAUCUAUCAGAUAGUUUUAGUUCUUAAGCAGUCUCUUAAGUUCUUAAGGAGGAGAGUGUUCCAAGUUCUUAAGGAGGAGAAUGUUCCUGUACAGUCCAUGUUAAAGUGGUUCUAAUUGCUUUUAUACUAUAGAAUUACUGAAUUUUAAAUCCUUUUUAUCCACCCAUGACCUGGGCUUGCACUCUCAGCAUUAACACUUUGGACUGGAUAGUCUUUGUUCUGGGGUACAGUGCUGUGCAUCAGAAGAGUAUCCCCAACCUCCACCCUGUUGCUUCCAGCAUCCUCCUCAUAGUUGUUAUGGCCAAAAAAUGUCUCCAAACACUGCCACCAUGGGAGGCAAAAUCACCCCCGUUGAGAACCACCAAUGUGGGCUAGGAGAAGAAAAUUGAAGACUCAGGAAUAGAGUAUCAUACUCCUGUUCUGACGCUUAGGGGACCCUCACAAUAUAAUGAUUGUCCUUUAAAAAUUUUUUUGGUGGUACUGGGGGAUCAAACCCAGGGCCUCCAUCCUGCUAGGCAAGGACUCUACCCGGAGCUUCAUCUCCAGCUGGUAAUUGUCUAAUAUUUUUACCCACUCAUCGCUACCGCAACCUUUGCAGCCUUUGUCGUCUUAAUCAGUAGGUCUAGGACUUCAGUUUAGAAUUAAUGUAUUCUACAGACCAUCUGCUACUUGAUCUGCUUUUUUGCCUCCCUUUCAUCUCCGAGCAAGAGAUGACCACUCUCUUUUUCUGCCUUCUGUGGAAACCUCCAGACUGGAAGCUCCCUGAAAGCAGGAGCCAAAUCUGUUUCUUUCUCCAGAGCUUAACACUGUUCCUUCUUGUUUGUGGGAUGAAUUUUUGCUUUGUUUUAAAGUGCAACUUUGAUGGUAUACAUAUUUUAUCUUUGAUGUUACAUACUUUUGUUGAUAUGGAACCGUUUAUAUUUGUUAAAAGUAAAAUAUGUCUCUGUUGAAUUGAUAACUUUGUUAUAAGAGCUAGAAUCCUUGUAUUGUUUAUUUAAAAAUACUUCAUAUGUCCGUGUAUUUGCAAAUGUAUUUUUAUAUAGAUGUACACCCAUAAAUACAAUUAUAUUUACUCUUUUUUUUUGGGGGGGGGUGUUGGGGAUUGACCCCAGGGCCUCGUGGGUGCUAAGCAAUACCCUACCACUCAGCUGCUCCCUCAGCUCUAUUAACUUUUAAAGGUAUAAUUGAAGCCUUUCUAGUCACAGGGUUUAUAUGUUUGGCUGCAGAUGACUAACAGAGAUUAAAUCAUAACAUUGCCAAACACUUAAGUGCUAUAGGAAAGGAACUUCAGACAUAGCCCUUUCUGCAAAGACACACUGGGAACUAGUCUUUAAAAUAGUACAGCCCAGGAGGCUGUCAGGAAUUUUAUAAUUCUUUAAGGUGAGAGAAAGCUGUGCUCCAGGGUCCUUCAGAUUUAAGUGAUUCUAGUGAUUCUAGAGUCAUCCUAGAGAUAGCCUAAAGAAUGCUUGAAUAUACCCGGAAGGAGUCUGAAUCCCUUUGGGAAAUUUAAAUCAUGUUUUUUCAAAGAAGAGUUAAAAACCCCAAACAUACCUUGGAUCUUUAAGACCUACCUGAUUCCAGAAUCAUCAUCUCAAAUUCCCAAAGCCAGGCCAUCUGGUUCACGGUAGUCAAAAAUGGGGAACUCUAAACUGGUGGGCAGGGUGGUGCAUACCUGUAAUCCCAGUGGCUAGAGAGGCUGAGGCAGGAGAAUCAUGAGUUCAAAGCCAGCCUCAGCAAGGAUGAGAUGCUAAGCAAGUCAUAAGACCCUAUCUCUAAAUAAAUAGAGUACAAAGUAGGGCUGGAGAUGUGGCUCAGGAGUUUAGUGCUCCUAAAUUCAAUCCCCAGUACCCCCUCAAAAUGGGUUACCCCCCAAAAUAAAGUAGGUAACCCAGAAUUGUGGGUUUUUUAAGUUUUGGAGCCUCGUAACCAUAAAUAUUUUGGUGCCAGCAUCUAAAUCACAGGCUAUACUGUCACUAUAUUCCCAUAGAAUCCUUGGCCCAAGAAGAAUUCAAGAAUGAUCUUGGGUAUAGAAAGGAUAGAGACAUGAGCCUGCAGAAUCAAAUGUUUCUGAAAUUCUGUUCUUUUUCUACUGUUGUACCUCCUUUACUAUAAAUUUGUUAUUAAAAUGGCUACGUCUAGAUAGAUAUCUAUACUGUAUAGAGGAAAAAUGUUAGAGGGACCCCACCCUAACUAAUUCUUGGGCUGAGGGUAUAGCUCAGUGGUAGAAUGCUUUCCUAGCAUGUACAAGGUCCUGGGCUCAAUUCCCAGCACUGCAGAAUCUUUAUGAGAGACACCAAACUUUUCCAGUAUGACUGUACCAUUUUAUAUUCUCACCCAUAAUAUGUGAGUGAUCCAGUGUCUCCACAUUCUUACCAGCAUUUGUUAUUGUCACUUUUUAAAAUUCAGCUAUCCUCAUAGGUAUAUAGUGAUAUUUCAUUAAGGUUUUAAUUUGCAGUUCCCUAAUUUGAAAUGUGGUUGAAUAUCUUUUUAUGUGAUUUUUUGCCAUCUUUGUAUCCUGUUCUGUGAAAUUUCUGUUCGUGUCUUUUGCCCAUUUGUCAAUUGGAUUGUUUACUAAAUGAGCCAUAUCUUUAAAUAUCUUUUUUAAAGUAUUUUUAAAAUCAGUCCAGUGACUUAAGAAGCCACUAAGUAGGAUUUUUUUUAAAAAAAUAAUCCAAGGCAAAGUGUAUAUAGCAUUUUGAACAUGAUUUUAUAAUAUCCUGAGCAAAAGCUCUGGAUACAAGUUCUGUUCUGUACUCAUUAGAGUGUGGUACUAAUACUGUGAGAUAGCAGAAACAUUUCAAAGAUACCUUUACUUAAAAUGUUCUGUGGAGUGUACAGGUACAUACUUUCUACAUAGCUGCCAUCAUGUUUCUAACCUUUUAUACAUAAAAUCAACUGAUUUGUGUAAAGAUUUCAUAAUGACUUUGUAGAAAGUUAAUUAGAAGUUUUCCUAUUUGUGCAAGAUAGUAAAUAUAAAUCCCAAUUCAUAUGCAUCAGUAAAUUUAUAUUAUUUUUCUGGUAUUCUUUAUGAAUUCAUGGUUUUAUUAAAUAGUCAUUGAGAAUCUCAAACCAUUUUUAAGAUCAACAAACAAAAAACCAAGGGAUGCAUGGUAAUACAGAUAUUUUUCAUAUGCACGUAAAAUUUACCUUUUGUUUAUUUUAACUUGUAGAUUUAAAAAAAUUACCUGGGCUUUUUUUUUUAAAUAUUUAUUUAUUUUUUUAGUUAUCGGCAGACACAACAUCUUUGUUGGUAUGUGGUGCUGAGGAUCGAACCCGGGCCGCACGCAUGCCAGACAAGCGCGCUACCGCUUGAGCCACAUCCCCAGCCCCCUGGGCGUUUUUAUUAAAUAUUUUUUCCCACUUUGGUUUCUACACAUUAAGAAAGUCACAGAGGGAAGCCCUGGGUUUGAUCCCCACCAAUGUGAAAAAGAAAGUGACAGAAAUAAGUACAUUAACUACAGCAGUAAUUCUAAAUAAAUAUAGGCUUCAUGUGGUUAGGGAAAAAAGGGGUUUAUGAACUCUUGCUUCUUUAGGUCCUCUUUAGACUUAUUAUUAUAUGUUCUACCUUCUCACAUAAAGGAAAUUACUUGAGGAGAGGGUUAAUUCUUUGUGAUGGGGGAAAUAUAAUUUGUUGUGAAAUUAUACUGUAUUUUUAAAUAUCUAGAAAAUUUUUAAAUAACUGGGGGGACUGGGGAUUAUAGCUCAGUGUUACAGUGAUUGCCUAGCAUGCCUAAAGACCUGGGUUCAAUUCUUCAGUGCUGCCAAAAUGUAGCAAAGAUUAAAAAUAAUUAGACCAAAGGCAAUUCAUAUACUAAUGUGAUGGGAUUAGCCCACUAGUUGUUGAAAUCCUUUCUGAAAAUUAUAAUCUAAAAUGAUUUGGGAAACUGCAAUGAAACAGUGAAUGAUUGAUCUAUACAUGUUGGAAUAUUAAAGCCAUUUUAAUUUUG